GCCGUGAUCCCAUCUUUGCAGACAGCCUCAGAGCGCCAAGACAGCACAGCCUCAGAGGGCGAACGCAACGUCCUGAAAGAAAGAAGGAAAGACACACAGAUGUGCUGUCCAGCAUGACAUGACAUCGCCUGUGUCUCGUGGUGCGUGUGUUCUCUUGCUGACCAGCUCGGCACUCUCCGCUAGUUCGAUGAUCUCGGCCAUCUUGACGGCCUUGCUGGCGCUCUCGCUCAGGUCCGUCGAAAACAACAUCUUCAGACCUGACUCGUCGAUCAGCUGCAUAGACACACACACACACACAUCCCACAUCACACAUGAGGAAAGACAGACAGGCAGGAAGCAAGGGGCGGCACGUCUCGUACCUUCUUGGCUUGUUCCUGGUUGGUGCCUUCGAGUCUGACGACCAGCGGUUUGGACAGACCGAUCUCCUGUGACGCGUGGAUCACGCCCAGCGCGAUCGUGUCACAUCUGAUGCAGUCAUUAUAUCAUUAUAUCCACAGACAUCCAUCACGCGAUUACAGACAGACACGUGUGGGUGAACGGAUAAUCGUGUACACCUCAUGAUGCCGCCAAAUAUGUUGACGAGUAUGGCCUUGACUUUGGGGUCGUUUUGGAGGAUGCGGAAGGCCUCCACCACCUGGGUCUUGGACGCACCCCCACCAACGUCCAGGAAAUUCGCCGGCGAGCCGCCGUUCUGAUCAACACACACAUCGACACGCACACACACGGAGGCGUGGACACAGGCGCGCGAGCCUACCAGUUUGAUGAUGUCCAUUGUGGCCAUCGCGAGACCCGCGCCGUUGACCAUGCAGCCUACGACACACCACAGCCAGGAAGGCCAUGGGUGCACCAGACUUGUAUGCAUUUGACUGACGACUGAACUGACCGAUGUUGCCAUCCAGGCCGACAUAGUUGAGGUCAAACCGGGCCGCCUGCACCUCACGGGGGUCCUCCUGCACACCAACACCAACACCAACACACCAACAAUGAGGCAGGCGCAUUUUCCUUUCACCCACACAUGGAUGGGCGCGACAGGCAGGCCUACACACAGGUGUGGUGGGUAGGUACCUGAGUGGUGUCCCUCAUUUCGAAGAUGUCUUCGUGUCUGAACUCGGCGUUGUCGUCGAAGUUGACUUUGGCGUCGCACACCAUGACCCGGCCGUCGUGCGUUUCCGCGAACGGGUUGAUCUCCACCAGCGUGCAGUCCUUGUCGAUGAACAUCUUGUACAGACCCAUGAUGCACUGACGGCAUCAUGACGUGACGUACACACCCACACGUAGGGAUGGACGGAUGGAUUGAUGGGUGCGUCCGUCCGUCCGUUCGCCCGUACCUGUGCGGCCUGGUCGACCCUGUCACCUUCGAAGGCCAGCUUCUCGGCGAACUCCCGUGCCUGCGCCUCGCUCAGACCAACAGUAAUGUCAAUCGGCAUCUUGACAAUCGCUGUAGGAUCCUGGCAACACACACAGACACACCACAUCACAUCACAUCACACGGAUGCUUCUAUCUAUCCAUCUGUUUGUCCGUGUGAGUGCGCGUGGUGACCUUGGCGGCGAUGUCUUCGAUGCUGGUGCCGCCGACAGCGCUGCCGAUCAUCAGGGGGCCGCCAGAUGACCGAUCCAUCAAUAUCGCAAAAUACUUCUCCCGACGCAAAUCUGAACCAUUAAUGACGCACGCAGGCAGGAAGGGAGGCAGGCAGGCAGGAAGGGAGGGACGGAGGCAGGAAUACACACAACACACCCAACCACUCUGCUUCCCUUCGCUUCCUUUCGUUGUGGCUCACAGAGUCGUUCGCAGACGAAGAUGGCGUUGCAGGGCUUGCCGGCCUCGCCCGUCUGCUUGGUCACCAGCGUGUUACCCAGCAUCUUCUUGGCGAUCUCCUUCACCUGCAACACCCCCACCCACAAACACGCCCACCAGUCAUUAAAUCAAUCAGCCUUUCUGUCUGUCUGUCUGUCUGUUCUGUUCUUGCCUUUGAGGGUGACUGGCAUUGGUGGACGCCCCCCUGGAACCCAUUCUCCUUAAAAUACCCCAACCCACGGCCGCCUGCCAACACCUGUGCAACGCAGCAGCCAGGCAGACAGGCAGGCAGUCACUCACACGAUGGAUGGAAACUCUUUCGUCGUGUGAGUGACCUGUGCUUUGACGACGAAAUCAAUGUCGCCCUGCUCGGCCUGCAAUGCCGACGCGGCCGCCUCGGCCUCGCGACCCGUGAAAGCAGGCAGACCCUGGCAGAACACACACACACACACAAACACGCUCGCCAAAUACCUCUGACUGCUGCCAUGAGUGAUGUGUUGUGUAGUGUUUCCUUUCAUACCUUUGGUGUGUGUACGUGGUAGGACUGCAUGACCUGUACGCUCUGGUACUCGUGCAGGUUGAGCCAUCUCUUCUGGAGGGCGGGGAAGCCCCGAGCACACAGAGCCCCGAUCGCACGGCGCGGAGUGAACGCAAGCAUACUCGAUGACUCGCAGCCUGCUCGGAGCGUCCUCCUCUCUUCCCAGAGCCUCAAGUGAGCGCUGAACUUCCG